AUGGCACCAACACAGUUCGAGAACCUCAGCGAGGACCUGAUCUGGGAGGUCUGCCGCCACAACAACGCCUACCUCUGCAAGCGCAAGCAAGCCGGCGGCGUCCAGUUCUCCCGCGACCCCAUGAACCUCGCCAACAAGCACUCCCGCAAGCACGCCGGGUUCGUGAACAACAAGGCCAUCGGCAUCAACGCUGACUCGAACACUGUCGGCAUGACCACCAAAAUCGCCUCUCGCCAGAACAAGCCCGCCAAAUCGACGCACAACUCCUCCUUCUCCGCCUCGACGCCUAGCAGGAAGCUCUACCGCAACGUCGUCAACUCCACUGCGAAGAAGGGCUAUCGCGCGGAUCUGAGGGGUGAUGCUGUGGCCCGGGCGAGCGCGGUCAAGCAGAGUCAGAGGGAGAAGAAGGAUACGAAGGAGGUGAAGCUGCGCGGGGCGAAGGCGAGGAAGGCUGCUGCUGGGAACGCAUAG